CGCGGGGUGCCCGCGCCGGAGCCGAGGCGGCGGGGCGAGUGCUACGGGGGCGGGCGGCGCGCGGCGCCGUCGUUGCCGACUUGCCGGGUCUGGCGGUCGGUGGGGACCCGCUCGGGCCGGCGGCUGAGGGACACGCACACCCACACACCCCCUCCUUCAGCGACGAGGGGUCGCCCCGCUUCCCCGCGGCGGCUCUGGGCGCCUUGCCGUGCCCCUGCGAGCUACCAUGGACAGGACCGCCGUGGCGAAGAUGGGAGCGGUGGCCAGCGCCAGCGUGUGCGCCCUGGUCGGUGGGGUGGUGCUGGCCCAGUACAUCUUCACCAUGAAGAAGAAGACGGCCUGUAUGCAAGCCCUGCGUCUCUGGACUCUGCUUGCCACCUAUGCUGUUGCAGUAGGACAAAAUCAAGGACAGAAGAAUCAGGAGUGCCCUAAGCUCAACGCACAGAUGCCAGAAUUUCAGAAGAAGACUGUCCAUAUUAAGGACCCAGGGAGAGUAGAGGAGAUUAUUUGUGGCCUCAUCAAAGGUGGAGCCGCCAAACUUCAGAUUAUUACAGAUUUUGAUAUGACAUUAAGUAGAUUUUCCUACAAUGGAAAAAGAUGUCCAACUUGUCAUAACAUCAUUGAUAACUCUAAGCUCAUCACAGAGGACUGUCGGAAAAAGCUGCUGCAGCUGAAAGAAACCUAUUACGCUAUUGAAAUUGAUCCAGCUCUCACUAUUGAAGAAAAAUAUCCAUAUAUGGUAGAAUGGUACAAUAAAUCUCAUGCACUACUUAUUGAACAAGGCUUACAAAAGGAUAAGUUGGCAGAAACUGUGAGGGAAUCAGAUGUUAUGCUGAAAGAAGGAUAUGAGAACUUCUUUGAUAAGCUCAGUGAACAUAAUAUUCCUGUGUUCAUAUUUUCUGCGGGGAUUGGGGACAUUCUUGAAGAAGUUAUCCACCAGGCUGGGGUUUACCAUUCUAAUGUCAAAGUGGUUUCCAAUUUCAUGGAUUUUGAUGAAAAUGGAAUAUUAAAAGGAUUUAAAGGAGAAUUGAUUCAUGUUUACAACAAACAUGAUGGUGCCUUGAAGAAUACAGAGUACUUCAAACAACUAAAAGACAACAGUAAUAUCAUACUGCUGGGUGAUUCCCAAGGAGACUUGAGUAUGGCAGAUGGAGUAGCAAAUGUUGAACACAUUCUUAAGAUCGGCUACCUCAAUGAUAAAGUAGAUGAGCUUUUGGAAAAAUAUAUGGACUCUUAUGAUAUUGUCUUGGUGAAAGAUGAAUCCCUGGAAGUUGCCAACUCCAUCCUACAGAAAAUCCUGUAAAUUGCAGUCUCAAGUCACUCCAUUCCUUCCAGGAGGCAACUGGACAGAAGAGCACACAUGUGCUUAGAUGUGUUUAUUACUCAUUUACAGAACUGUUUAAUUUAAUUUAAGACUUUUAUCUUCAUUUUGGUAUUUUGAAAUAUAUAUGGUAUUCAUUGUCAACUAGAAGCUCCUCUUACUGCUCUUAGGCUAUUCUUUAUUGUCUCACACUCCUAUUACAACUAGAUUUGAAUUGGAUUUAUAGAUGUGAUAAACUGCUGCUAAUGGGAUACUAUGGUUCACUGUCUUUUAAUCAGGCAUUUCAGAGGAGCAUUUUAGAAAAUGUGGCUAUUUUGUAAAAUUUAAGAUGUAAAUGUUCUGUGAAUAAGCAGCAUGCACAUUUGUGUUGCCUUUUCUUCUUUCAAAGAAGAUAUUUCAGUCUCAGCUGUACUUUGAAGGAUCUUACUCAUAUGCUACAGACUUUCACAGAAGUUUUUCAUACAUAUAUUUUUCUUCAGUAAAAAUGCUUUACUCACCCAA